UACGUGGACCAUAUUCAUGUCUCAACGCUGUGUUUGCUUCUAUGAAAUUUUUCGACUUCAUGUAAAUAUCAAUAUAUUAUAAGAUUAUUAACAAAAUUUAAAUACUCAGACGCACUCUUGUGUGAGCUUUAUUACAAAUUAUUUAACUUCGAAUUCGGAUUGGAUGAAGGCAUAAAGCCAAGAAAUAAUCUUGUAUGAUUUUCCCUCUAAUGUUUUUUGUAUGCACAGUUAUAAGCUCUAUGUUUAGUGCUUCACCAGCAAAAUAACUCUCUUCAUUUGCUUUCUUUCUCUCCAUUCCAUUUCAUCACCCACUUGUUACACCUUGCUCUUUUGGUCUCCAAACAAACAACACUAGCUAUUUUAUUAUAAAAAAAUUUAACCAUGGAGAUGUCUAAUCAAGAUGUGGAGAUGCCAAUUCCUAUCAACACUUCAUAUGGGCAUGGCCACAUUGUGCCCUACAAGAAAAUGGUGAAAUACAAAGAAUGUCUGAAGAAUCAUGCAGCAGCCAUGGGAGGAACUGCCACAGAUGGAUGUGGUGAGUUCAUGGCCAGUGGAGAAGAAGGCACUCCAGAGGCCUUCACUUGCUCUGUCUGCACCUGCCACAGAAACUUUCACAGGAAAGAAACUCAAGGUGACACAAGCUAUUACCAUAAAAAGGUUUUCUUGGGACAUCAUAUUGGGACACCUAGCUUUGUUUCCUCAAGGCCAACACAACCACACUCUAUGAUCAUGUCUUAUAAUAUGAUGAUGGGGUCCACUUUGGCUUCAGAGUCUGAUGAGCAAGAAGAUGGUGGUGGGAACACUGUGCAUGGAUGUGGGUAUGCUGCUAGAGUGCCUUCCCAUAUGGCGAGAAAGCGGUUCAGGACAAAGUUUUCGCAGGAGCAGAAGGAGAAAAUGGUGGAUUUUGCGGAGAAAGUUGGGUGGAAAAUGCAGAAUCUGGAGGAAUCAGUAGUGCAGCAGAUCUGUCAAGAAGUUGGAGUUAAGAGAAAAGUUCUUAAGGUUUGGAUGCACAACAAUAAGCACCAUUUGUCCAAGAUAAACCCUACCACCUCCCCUUCUGCUUCAACUCCUACUGUUUAAGUCCUGGAUUCAUUAGCUUCUGGUUCUAGAGAGUAAUCUAUUAGAUGUUAAGGAUUAUGGUUAUGUAAUGGAUUUAGAGGGGAUUAAGAUUUUAGAAUUUUAGAUUUGUAGAGUUAAGAGAUCUUUUGUGUAAUGGUUAUGACUAGAAAUCUAAGAGAUCUUCCAAGUUUCUUUAAA